ACAAAGAGCUGAGAUGGAUAGAAAGAAAACAGUAGAAAAUGAGCGCGGGAAGAUGAGAAAGUAAGAGAGACAUUGGAGAGAAAAUUACAGAGAGAAAGAUAAAAAAGAAUGGGGAGAGAAAGGGAAUGAAAAAUGAGAUAGAGAGUGGGAAAGAUAAGAAUGAGAGACAAAGAGAGAGUGGGAAAGAGAUGGGGGAAAUGACAGACAGGAAGAUAAGUAAGAAAGGUGGGGCAGAGAAGGGAAAAUGAAAAAAAGAAAGACACGAGGGAGAGAGAGCGGGAACGAUGACGAGAGCGAUAAAGAGAGCAAGACAGGAAAGGAGAUAGGGAAAGAUGAAAAAGACGGAGACAAGAAGAAUGAGAGAUGGAAAGAUAAGAGAGAGAGAGAGAGAGAGAGAGAGAGAGAGAGAGAGAGAGAGAGAGAGAAAGACAGAGAGCCAGACAGAAGGAAAGACAGAAAGAUGAGAAAGAGACAGGAAAAGAGCAUGUGAAAGAUGAGAAAGAGAGAUAGAAUGAUGAGCAAGAGAGAGAGAGAGAGAGAGAGAGAGAGAGAGAGAGAGAGAGGGGUGGGGGGUGACAGGGAGAAAGACAGAGAGGCAGAAGGAGUGAGUGGGGGUGAGGAAGGGAAGAAAAGACUAACGCUGCAUUUGUUUAAACAAUGGAUUAACUAAUGUUAUCACGCGUCUGUGAAUAUUUUCAUGGCGCAAAUGAAAAGUAACUCAACGCGCAGAAACUGUAAAGGAUUGGCGGCGUGGCUUGCGCUCAGACUGACAUGUGUGCGCGAGAGCAGCGGCAGCAACAGCGCGCGGAGCCGUGACGUCAGCAGCGCUCUUAAUGAUGCAAGGCAGAAGGGCGCGAGGCUGCUGACACCCCGCUCACUCAGCGCUCCGCCAGCGGCCGCGCACCCAGCAAGCACCGCGCCACGCGCAGAGCAAGAUGAAAAGCAGGAGGUAAAGCUCGCUGGCUCAGAGCUCGCGCUCAGGGCGCUGACGGGAAACACUGGACGGGCGAUGUGUGUUCAUCUCUGUGACUGGCACGUCUCCUCUCUGUCCAUGAACGGCACGCGAUUCCGCUUACACUAAUGGCACUGUGCACGUAGCCUGUAAUGUUCUUAGGAGACUCUUAGCAGAGAUGCAGAGAAACGGAGGAAUCUGGAACUUUAGGAUCGUGUAGGACACAAGUAAACAAAUCAUCGACAGGGGGGGAAAAAGGUGAAAUCAAAAAAAAAAAAAAAAAAAAAAAAAAAAGGAGGCUAGUACGAGCCAUGGGCCAUCCUGCUCCUUGGGCCAUCCUGCUCCUUUUGAUUUAUCUGGACCCGUUGAGUGUGCUGUGCACGUCGACAGCAAAGCGCACGAAAGUGGCACCGCGGCGGACCGCCAAGCCCAAGGAGCUGAACGGCACCGCGCUCUCCCCCGCGCCCGCACCCGUGCCCGUUUCCUCUGCGGUUCAGAACCACGACACGUGCCUGGGCUACUACGACGUAAGCGGCCAGUUCGACCGUGAAUUCGAGUGCAACAACACGGAUCACCGCUACUGCUGCGGUUCCUGCUACUUGCGCUUCUGCUGCCAGUUCCGGGGCAACCGGCUGGACCAGCGCUCGUGCAAGAACUACAACAAGCCCGACUGGGUGAAAACCGCUGCACCGUCACCUGCCCCGACCAGCGAGCCGUACGACCCGAGCGCCGACCAGACCAACACAGCAGUGUACAUCACGUGUGGCGUCAUAGCCUUCGUCAUCGCGCUCGGCGUCUCGGCUAAGGUCGCCUACGACAAGGCUACGAGGCCGCCUCAGGAAAUGAACAUUCACAGAGCCCUUGCAGAUAUUUUGAGGCAGCAAGGACCCAUUCCCAUAUCCCAAUAUGACUGUGAAAACUUUGCGGCAAUGAACAGCUCAUCCAAAGACGACACUCCACAGCGGACAGGCUCCAAAAACCACUACACCCCUGUUCACACAUCCAAAUCCAAUCAUGGUGGACACUAUUCGAAGGAGAGCGGCCGUGGUGGAGGACACGACCUUCACAACUUCAUCUCGUCUGGCUUUGUGACUCUAGGGAGGGGCCAUGCGAAAGGAGAAAGGCAGUGGCCGAUGCGAUCUCAGAGUCACCAUGGCACGCAUCAACACAACUACAACCAUGUGGGUCUCAGUAGUCCUACUCGAACACCUAAAAAUGAGAGCACGCGCAUGAACAGCAUCCUCACAUCGCAGACGGAGCCAUACGAUCUGUCCUUCUCCCGCUCCUUCCAGAGCCUCUCGCACCUGCCUCCAUCCUAUGAAACCGCCAUGAAGGCUGACCUCAACAAGUACUCCUCGCUCAAAAGACUGACUUAUGAAGGUGUUGUGAAGACCCAAUCUGACAAGGAUGUGGAUGAGUACUAUAGCCGUAAGAGGCACCUUCCUGAUCUGGCAGCACGCGGCACCCUGCCACUACACAUGAUCAAGGUGAGCCAGGAUUCUCAGAGUAGCCAACAGGCUCAACAGCAACAACAACAGCAGCAGCAGUCGUCACGCCAACGUCCUCACCGUGUCCAGAGAGCCAUGUCUCAAGACCGCGUGCUGUCCCCAGAGCGUGGCUAUGCUCAGGACUAUGCCGUAUCUGCUUACCCCACGUCCCCAUACGGUGAGCGCAUCCUAUCCGACGAGCAGCUGCUAUCAGCUGAACGCCUCCGCUCACACGAGCGCCUCAUCUCCCAGGACCGGCUGCAUUCGCAGGACCGCCGCUACUCGCAGGAGCGUGUCCACUCGCACGAGCGUCUACACUCUCACGAACGCAUGCACUCGCAAGAGCGCCUCUACUCGCAGGACAGGCUACGCUCGCAGGACCCGCUGCUCUCUCCCGAUAAGACGAUGCCACCCAAACGUGGCAGCUUUCACGGUGACAAGUCCAUGUCCAGAGCCAUAUCACACACGGACGUGUUUAUGCCCACCACGCCGCUCUUGGACCACUACAAGAUGACCAAAAUACACUCGCAUCCCAGUGCCUCGAACAACAGCGGCACUGCUGCAGUGCACAACACGCUGACCAAGAGCCAAACCACCUCCAAGAGACAGGCGUUUGCCUCACGCCGCACGCAGACCGUGGAACAGCUGCACUAUGUCCCGCAGGCGGCUCAGCAGCAGCAUCACCACCACUACCGUACAGGUAGUAAGACCGAAGUGACUGUUUAACUCGAAUGAUUUCAAUCGGACCUCAGCCAUCCACCAGGAACUCACACACACACAGAAAGGUCUGACAACCAGUCCUCGUCUACACUAUACUCUAUUCCACAUAUACCCUGUACUCAGACAAGAGACCCUUCUGUGUGCAUACCCAUUAUUUUUUGUGUAUUUGUAGAUCAUUGAUAAAGGAUGGACUAGAAGAUUGUGCAGCUUGUUAGAAACCAUCCCUCCAGUUCUGCAGUUCAUAAGGGCUUUGCAGAAAAGAAUGUGCAGAGACUUUUCCAGAACGACAGAAGGUGUAAAUGAAAGCGCUAGUUGGUGCGAACGUGUAAUGGAAUUAUAUAACUUUAUAAAUGUAUAAAUACACAUACUGUUUGUACUUAAAGUCCUAGUCAUAGCUUUAGAAGUUCUUAAAUGAAACUGAUGUUAGCACUUCUAUUGGUGCCUCUAUGAAACUGUUCCAUUUCAUCAACGAAGUGGUUUUGUGGGUUAAAAAGCACAAUUAAUUUUUUUUUAAAAAAGAAGCAAUUUUUGAUUUUUGAUUAAAAACAAUUUUUUUCUUUUUUUUGUUGUUGUUGUUGUUUUGUUUAGCUUUUUUUGUUUGACUGAUUUGUUUUGCUCAUUCGUUUGAUUGCCAAUGGCGAGUUCCUUUGCGUAGAUGAUUGUAAAUAAGCUGUUUUAGCCUCAGUAAUUGGAGAAGUCUGUUCUGGUUGGCAUUUGUAUAGUUUUCUUUUAGAAAUUCAACAAUUACAGAUAUGACCCACUCGCCCAGGAUCGGAUCAUUUUAAAUGAAUACAAAUAUUGUACGUGUCAUUGCAAUCGUGUUUGUAGAAUGAGAACUGGGUGAAACUACAUGACCACUCUUGAUAUCUGGCUGUAGACUGUGCUCCAGUGAGUGACUCACAAGAAGAAUAUAAUAUGCUUGUUGUAGUUGCUUCAAAUAAACCAUCCUUAUUUUUCUAAACAAAA